AUGCAAACAUUUAGACAGUUUUGUUUUGUUUGUGGUGGGGGGGGGGGGGGGGGGGGGGGGGGGGGGUUUUUUGUGUGUGGGGGGGGGGGGGGGGGGGGGGGGGGGGGGGGGGGGUGGGGGGGGGGGGGGGGGGGGGGGGGGGGGGGGGGGGGGGGGGGGGGGGGGGGGGGGGGGGGGGGGGGGGGGGGGGGGGGGGGGGGGGGGGGGGGGGGGGGGGGGGGGGGGGGGGGGGGGGGGGGGGGGGUGGGGGGGGGGGGGGGGGGGGGGGGGGGGGGGGGGGGGGGGGGGGGGGGGGGGGGGGGGGGGGGGGGGGGGGGGGGGGGGGGGGGGGGGGGGGGGGGGGGGGGGGGGGGGGGGGGGGGGGGGGGGGGGGGGGGGGGGGGGGGGGGGGGGGGGGGGGGGGGGGGGGGGGGGGGGGGGGGGGGGGGGGGGGGGGGGGGGGGGGGGGGGGGGGGGGGGGGGGGGGGGGGGGGGGGGGGGGGGGGGGGGGGGGGGGGGGGGGGGGGGGGGGGGGGGGGGGGGGGGGGGGGGGGGGGGGGGGGGGGGGGGGGGGGGGGGGGGGGGGGGGGGGGGGGGGGGGGGGGGGGGGGGGGGGGGGGGGGGGGGGGGGGGGGGGGGGGGGGGGGGGGGGGGGGGGGGGGGGGGGGGGGGGGGGGGGGGGGGGGGGGGGGGGGGGGGGGGGGGGGGGGGGGGGGGGGGGGGGGGGGGGGGGGGGGGGGGGGGGGGGGGGGGGGGGGGGGGGGGGGGGGGGGGGGGGGGGGGGGGGGGGGGGGGGGGGGGGGGGGGGGGGGGGGGGGGGGGGGGGGGGGGGGGGGGGGGGGGGGGGGGGGGGGGGGGGGGGGGGGGGGGGGGGGGGGGGGGGGGGGGGGGGGGGGGGGGGGGGGGGGGGGGGGGGGGGGGGGGGGGGGGGGGGGGGGGGGGGGGGGGGGGGGGGGGGGGGGGGGGGGGGGGGGGGGGGGGGGGGGGGGGGGGGGGGGGGGGGGGGGGGGGGGGGGGGGGGGGGGGGGGGGGGGGGGGGGGGGGGGGGGGGGGGGGGGGGGGGGGGGGGGGGGGGGGGGGGGGGGGGGGGGGGGGGGGGGGGGGGGGGGGGGGGGGGGGGGGGGGGGGGGGGGGGGGGGGGGGGGGGGGGGGGGGGGGGGGGGGGGGGGGGGGGGGGGGGGGGGGGGGGGGGGGGGGGGGGGGGGGGGGGGGGGGGGGGGGGGGGGGGGGGGGGGGGGGGGGGGGGGGGGGGGGGGGGGGGGGGGGGGGGGGGGGGGGGGGGGGGGGGGGGGGGGGGGGGGGGGGGGGGGGGGGGGGGGGGGGGGGGGGGGGGGGGGGGGGGGGGGGGGGGGGGGGGGGGGGGGGGGGGGGGGGGGGGGGGGGGGGGGGGGGGGGGGGGGGGGGGGGGGGGGGGGGGGGGGGGGGGGGGGGGGGGGGGGGGGGGGGGGGGGGGGGGGGGGGGGGGGGGGGGGGGGGGGGGGGGGGGGGGGGGGGGGGGGGGGGGGGGGGGGGGGGGGGGGGGGGGGGGGGGGGGGGGGGGGGGGGGGGGGGGGGGGGGGGGGGGGGGGGGGGGGGGGGGGGGUGGGGGGGGGGGGGGGGGGGGGGGGGGGGGGGGGGGGGGGGGGGGGGGGGGGGGGGGGGGGGGGGGGGGGGGGGGGGGGGGGGGGGGGGGGGGGGGGGGGGGGGGGGGGGGGGGGGGGGGGGGGGGGGGGGGGGGGGGGGGGGGGGGGGGGGGGGGGGGGGGGGGGGGGGGGGGGGGGGGGGGGGGGGGGGGGGGGGGGGGGGGGGGGGGGGGGGGGGGGGGGGGGGGGGGGGGGGGGGGGGGGGGGGGGGGGGGGGGGGGGGGGGGGGGGGGGGGGGGGGGGGGGGGGGGGGGGGGGGGGGGGGGGGGGGGGGGGGGGGGGGGGGGGGGGGGGGGGGGGGGGGGGGGGGGGGGGGGGGGGGGGGGGGGGGGGGGGGGGGGGGGGGGGGGGGUGGGGGGGGGGGGGGGUGGGGGGGGGGGGGGGGGGGGGGGGGGGGGGGGGGGGGGGGGGGGGGGGGGGGGGGGGGGGGGGGGGGGGGGGGGGGGGGGGGGGGGGGGGGGGGGGGGGGGGGGGGGGGGGGGGGGGGGGGGGGGGGGGGGGGGGGGGGGGGGGGGGGGGGGGGGGGGGGGGGGGGGGGGGGGGGGGGGGGGGGGGGGGGGGGGGGGGGGGGGGGGGGGGGGGGGGGGGGGGGGGGGGGGGGGGGGGGGGGGGGGGGGGGGGGGGGGGGGGGGGGGGGGGGGGGGGGGGGGGGGGGGGGGGGGGGGGGGGGGGGGGGGGGGGGGGGGGGGGGGGGGGGGGGGGGGGGGGGGGGGGGGGGGGGGGGGGGGGGGGGGGGGGGGGGGGGGGGGGGGGGGGGGGGGGGGGGGGGGGGGGGGGGGGGGGGGGGGGGAGGGGGGGGGGGGGGGGGGGGGGGGGGGGGGGGGGGGGGGGGGGGGGGGGGGGGGGGGGGGGGGGGGGGGGGGGGGGGGGGGGGGGGGGGGGGGGGGGGGGGGGGGGGGGGGGGGGGGGGGGGGGGGGGGGGGGGGGGGGGGGGGGGGGGGGGGGGGGGGGGGGGGGGGGGGGGGGGGGGGGGGGGGGGGGGGGGGGGGGGGGGGGGGGGGGGGGGGGGGGGGGGGGGGGGGGGGGGGGGGGGGGGGGGGGGGGGGGGGGGGGGGGGGGGGGGGGGGGGGGGGGGGGGGGGGGGGGGGGGGGGGGGGGGGGGGGGGGGGGGGGGGGGGGGGGGGGGGGGGGUGGAUGGGGGGGGGGGGGGGGGGGGGGGGGGGGGGGGGGGGGGGGGGGGGGGGGGGGGGGGGGGGGGGGGGGGGGGGGGGGGGGGGGGGGGGGGGGGGGGGGGGGGGGGGGGGGGGGGGGGGGGGGGGGGGGGGGGGGGGGGGGGGGGGGGGGGGGGGGGGGGGGGGGGGGGGGGGGGGGGGGGGGGGGGGGGGGGGGGGGGGGGGGGGGGGGGGGGGGGGGGGGGGGGGGGGGGGGGGGGGGGGGGGGGGGGGGGGGGGGGGGGGGGGGGGGGGGGGGGGGGGGGGGGGGGGGGGGGGGGGGGGGGGGGGGGGGGGGGGGGGGGGGGGGGGGGGGGGGGGGGGGGGGGGGGGGGGGGGGGGGGGGGGGGGGGGGGGGGGGGGGGGGGGGGGGGGGGGGGGGGGGGGGGGGGGGGGGGGGGGGGGGGGGGGGGGGGGGGGGGGGGGGGGGGGGGGGGGGGGGGGGGGGGGGGGGGGGGGGGGGGGGGGGGGGGGGGGGGGGGGGGGGGGGGGGGGGGGGGGGGGGGGGGGGGGGGGGGGGGGGGGGGGGGGGGGGGGGGGGGGGGGGGGGGGGGGGGGGGGGGGGGGGGGGGGGGGGGGGGGGGGGGGGGGGGGGGGGGGGGGGGGGGGGGGGGGGGGGGGGGGGGGGGGGGGGGGGGGGGGGGGGGGGGGGGGGGGGGGGGGGGGGGGGGGGGGGGGGGGGGGGGGGGGGGGGGGGGGGGGGGGGGGGGGGGGGGGGGGGGGGGGGGGGGGGGGGGGGGGGGGGGGGGGGGGGGGGGGGGGGGGGGGGGGGGGGGGGGGGGGGGGGGGGGGGGGGGGGGGGGGGGGGGGGGGGGGGGGGGGGGGGGGGGGGGGGGGGGGGGGGGGGGGGGGGGGGGGGGGGGGGGGGGGGGGGGGGGGGGGGGGGGGGGGGGGGGGGGGGGGGGGGGGGGGGGGGGGGGGGGGGGGGGGGGGGGGGGGGGGGGGGGGGGGGGGGGGGGGGGGGGGGGGGGGGGGGGGGGGGGGGGGGGGGGGGGGGGGGGGGGGGGGGGGGGGGGGGGGGGGGGGGGGGGGGGGGGGGGGGGGGGGGGGGGGGGGGGGGGGGGGGGGGGGGGGGGGGGGGGGGGGGGGGGGGGGGGGGGGGGGGGGGGGGGGGGGGGGGGGGGGGGGGGGGGGGGGGGGGGGGGGGGGGGGGGGGGGGGGGGGGGGGGGGGGGGGGGGGGGGGGGGGGGGGGGGGGGGGGGGGGGGGGGGGGGGGGGGGGGGGGGGGGGGGGGGGGGGGGGGGGGGGGGGGGGGGGGGGGGGGGGGGGGGGGGGGGGGGGGGGGGGGGGGGGGGGGGGGGGGGGGGGGGGGGGGGGGGGGGGGGGGGGGGGGGGGGGGGGGGGGGGGGGGGGGGGGGGGGGGGGGGGGGGGGGGGGGGGGGGGGGGGGGGGGGGGGGGGGGGGGGGGGGGGGGGGGGGGGGGGGGGGGGGGGGGGGGGGGGGGGGGGGGGGGGGGGGGGGGGGGGGGGGGGGGGGGGGGGGGGGGGGGGGGGGGGGGGGGGGGGGGGGGGGGGGGGGGGGGGGGGGGGGGGGGGGGGGGGGGGGGGGGGGGGGGGGGGGGGGGGGGGGGGGGGGGGGGGGGGGGGGGGGGGGGGGGGGGGGGGGGGGGGGGGGGGGGGGGGGGGGGGGGGGGGGGGGGGGGGGGGGGGGGGGGGGGGGGGGGGGGGGGGGGGGGGGGGGGGGGGGGGGGGGGGGGGGGGGGGGGGGGGGGGGGGGGGGGGGGGGGGGGGGGGGGGGGGGGGGGGGGUGGGGGGGGGGGGGGGGGGGGGGGGGGGGGGGGGGGGGGGUGGGGGGUUGGUGGUUGGGGGGGGGGGGUUAGGUGGGGGGGGGGGGGGGGGGGUUAG